GACAGUAGGUGGGUACAUAUUAUCGCGAGUGUAUAAAUACCGACGGACGAACGGCGUCAUGUACGCUUGUUCAAAGGUCCUGCUGAGAGUGUGGCAAUGCAUGUUCAUUGCACCGGUGACACUGCGGCGGAAACCAGCCGACGGCGGCAGCUUACCGUCUCAGCCGUACUACACCUUCAGCGUCUGGUGGUACGCCUUCAACUUAGCCGUGUUGGUCGCGUGCGUGACCGUCGGGUUGUGGGCCGUAGUGGAGGACACGCGAGCGUCCUUGGCGGGCCGGUCGUUGCGCAUACAGAACACGUCCUCGGCCAUCGUCACCGCGCUCCAGGUGACGCUUCAGUGCUUGGUGUGCGCGCUGGCGGUCACGUGUUCCGCAGGCCGGCACACUAUGCUCCAGGACAUCGAGCGACACCUGAACCACUCGGACGCUGUGCUCCGGGUGUCCACAUGCCAGCCAGUGGCGAGAUACACUCUGGCACUGGUCACGUUCCACGCGGCUCUGUUCGCCACCGACGGUUAUUUGUGGUACGCGCUCAGCCCGGCCACCUGGAUGUACAACGUGUGCUUCGUGUACAUGUUCAUCGACCUGGCCACCAUGCUCAUGUACGCGCAGAUCGCUUGGAACAUCGGGUGCCGGUUCGAGGACAUCAACGCGGCAAUCGAGUGCAAGCUCGCGGGUUUCCAGACGAACGCGGCGGCGACGUUUGACCACAGACGCUGUGGUCGUGGCUGCCGACCCCCGCAAAGGGUGUGGACGUUCGCCGGCCACACUGCAGUCGUAACGAGUGCUAAUUCCGUGGUCAUAACAGACCAUCAAUAUGAUACUAAAAAUAUUUCAAUUGCCAAAUUACAAGAUCUUCACUGGAGUCUUUGUAAUAGUAUCAAAAUAGUCAAUGAUGAGUUUGGCUGGCAGUUAUUUCUGCAGCUGUUCUGCAAUUGUGUGCAACUUAUUGUGACCCCAUAUUUUAUGAUCAUAAAUUUAUUUUACCCGGUGAUUUAUGGUUCUACAGAUAUUAAAUUCAUUUUGAUCCAAGUUGUCUGGGUGCUGACCCACUUGGGUCAUUUAUUAUUAAUCGUAUUACCCACGUCGUACGCUACUAAAAAAGGUGAAAAAACUGCUGUGAUCAUAUGUAAAUAUCUGACUAUUGAUAUAGAACCAGGUGAUAUGAAACAGUUGGAGAUAUUCGUUCUUCAAUUGCAAAAGUAUGCAAUCGAUUUUUCAGCUUGUGGAAUUGUAAAUUUACAUCGAUCCACCAUUACAACGAUUAUCGGAACCGCGCUUACGUACUUGGUGAUCUUAAUUCAAUUCCAAAACUCCGACUAGAAAAAUCAAUAGCAAUACAUAGGUAAUACAUUUUACGAUGUCAAUUCACCA